AUGUCAGAUGAAGAUGAGUUCCGUUGUUUUGUUGGUGGCCUUGCAUGGUCAACAUCGGAUAGAAAGUUAAAGGAUACAUUUGAAAAAUUUGGCAAGCUUACGGAGGCUAAGGUGGUUGUUGACAAAUUCUCUGGACGUUCUCGUGGUUUUGGAUUUGUCACAUUUGAUGACAAGAAAGCAAUGGAAGAUGCUAUUGAUUCUAUGAAUGGGAUAGAUUUAGAUGGCCGAACUAUCACAGUCGACAAAGCUCAACCUCACCAAGGAUCAGCUAGAGAUGCCAGAGAUGACGGUGAUCGUUACCGAGAACGUGGUCGUGAUCGUGGUGACCGUGACCGUGACCGUGACCGAGGUGGGCGAGGAUCCAGUGAUGGAGGAUGCUUCAAUUGUGGUAAACCUGGUCAUUUUGCUAGGGAGUGCCCUAGUGAAGGUGGAAGAGGAGGGAGGUAUGGUGGUGGCAGAGAAAGUAGAUACGGUGGAAGCGGUGGUGGUGGUCACUAUGGUCCAGAUAGAAACGGAGAUCGUUAUUCUGGAGGUCGUAGCAGGGACGCGGGUAGUCGUGGAGAUUCUGGAAAUGAUCGUUACUCCCGUGAUCGUGAUCGUGCUGGACCAUAUGAACGACGUGGAUCUGGAGGCUUUCGUUGA